CGUUACUUUCAAUCAAGUUUAAUCACGUUGCGCUGUAUGACCGUACGAGCGUAAAAUAAGCAAUUUGUUUCAUUUAUUGAACUAUUUAAUUAUUCGUUAAAAUGUUGGAAAUGGUUGAUGUACUUGACGUUGAAGUUUGUCAAAAGCAUGAUAGUACUUUGUCCCGAGAUGAGAUAGAACAGACGGUAAGGGAAGAACUAAAUUUGCUAGUAGAGGUGGACCUCAAUAUUCCGAUUGUUGGGGAAAAAUGCACAGAUAAUAUUUUAAAGUCCCACGUGAUCUCCAUUGUAUGCACGUGCAACCAUGCAGAGAAAAACCAAAUUACGGUGGCCAAUGCCGAGGUUCGAGUGUACGUCUAUAGGUUAGAACAGGAGGAUGGUGCGAUAGAGACUAUGCAAAAUGAUUCCGAAGAAGUACCAGUUUCAUCACAUUGGAUUUUACCAGCGCAAGAGUUUUAUGGCCUUUGGGAGAAUCUGUAUUAUGACUCGGACAUCCAGGAAAAUUUGCUGCACUUUGUGGAGACGAUGAUGGUGUACUCGGACCGCAGAGUCAAUCCUAAUAUAAUAAACUGUAAUCGGGUCGUACUGCUACAUGGACCACCUGGUACUGGGAAAACGAGCAUGUGUCGAGCACUUGCUCAGAAAAUUGCCAUUCGCUUGGGAGAUCGGUACUCUAGAGGAGAGCUUGUAGAGAUAAACAGUCACAGUCUGUUUUCAAAAUGGUUUUCAGAGAGUGGGAAGUUGGUUAUGAAACUGUUCGGGGAGAUUAGAGCUCUUCUCGAGGACCCAAGAGCAUUGGUAUGCGUUCUGAUUGACGAAGUCGAAUCCUUGGCUCACGCAAGGAAGUCUUCCCUCUCCGGUACCGAACCAAGUGACUCGAUUCGCGUCGUAAAUGCUCUUUUAACUCAGUUGGACCAGCUGAAGCGUUAUCCAAAUGUAUUAAUUCUGACAACUAGUAACGUGACGGAAGCGAUUGAUUUGGCUUUUGUGGAUCGUGCGGAUAUAAACCAGUUUAUCGGACACCCACAGGAGCAAGCCAUUUAUAAGAUUUACCAUUCGUGCUUAAGGGAGUUAAUGAGAACUGACUUCAUAGAGUACGAAAUGCUACACAGCAUGUCGUACUUGAAGAAGUAUGGUUACGAAGAGAAUCCGGAGACCAAGAAGAGUCUGCAGUUGCUGGAAUUAAGUCGACAAAGUGUCGGGCUGAGUGGACGUACCUUGAGAAAAAUUCCAUUCCUGGCCCAUGCCCUUUACCUACACGCUAAGAAAUCUUCCCUUCAUCGUUUCUUAAGGGCUAUGCAUUUUGCCAUCGAACGACAGAGAGAAAUUGGAGCGGAGUAAAAAGCUUGCGUACCCUGCUUGCCCUUCGCAUGUCAUUCCCAAAAUCAGUCACGUACCGAUGACCCUGGUAAUAUUAUUUCUCAUUUUUGUAAACGAUACAAUAAGUAUAGAUAACGGAUAGUAUCAUUAAAGAGACGACGUCCUAACCUUUGCCAAAAUAGAUGAUAAGUAAGGAUUAUUUAUUCCAUCGCUUUGAAAAUUCCUAUAUAUAUAUAUGUACAUUUCGUAAUAAAAUAUA